AUGACGAUGCGCCGAGUCGGUUCAAGGAAGAGCGACCGAGCGGCUUUGGAAGAGAUCGAUCAAGUGAUCUGGGAAGAGAACGACAAGGCGGGUUUCAACGAGAGCGACAAAGCAGCUUUGGAAGAGAUACGCGCGGAACGGGGGUCGAGCAGGGCUCGCACGGCCCUAGCGAGGCACAAAAACAAUAUGAGAGACAGUAUGGCGAGAGAAAACGAUCUCCGCACAGGCUUGAUCCGGAAGGGAGACGAAACGGGGAUAUACACCCACAAAGAACUUUCCGACGCAAUGAUGAUGGCGAUAGGCCCCGGCCGCAGACCAGAGAGAAACUGGAGGGACGACAGGGCGCCUUCAUAUACGCCCCGCACUCGCGAUGUAGCAGACGAAGGUGUCACUGAAGCACGAUCCUCCCAAAGGGGUGAUGACGCGGCAUCAUACAGUCCGCGAGCUCGGGAUGAGAAUGACCGUUCCUUCGAACCGCGAUUCUCUCACAGACCGGAUUCGAAGGGCGCCAGAAGAGAACGCCAUGGCCGAGAGUCGUCUGAUGCCGGCACGGAGACACAAAGGCCUUCUGUGCGGGGACCAGAGUCACUCCCUUACACGACUGCCGCUUCAGAGUUCGUUUACGGGUAUGGGAGCGUGGUAGCUGCGAUCAAGGCGGACCGGCGUAAAUUCUACAACCUAUAUGUGCACUCACGAGGUGCAAGUAGAGAAGGCCUCAUGUCUCGUAUCAGAUCGCACAAACUAUUCCCAAUCACACAAGAAGUUGGAGAUGAGUAUAUGCGCGCUCUGGACAAAGCAAGUAGUGGUCGACCACACAACGGGGUGAUUCUCGAGGCAUCGCCUCUGCCCGUCCCUCCCAUUACCGAGCUGAAGACGGCUUCUCUCGAGGAUGAGAGCUUCAGGGUCACACUUGAUAGCCAAAGCGCUGAAGACGUGCUCGUCAACGGCAAGCAAGAGCUAUACUCGUACAAGUCUGGAGGGUGGAGACACCCGCUGAUCCUCUACGUGGAUGGAGUAGUCGACGAAGGCAAUCUUGGGGCUAUUGCACGCUCAGCCUAUGUCCUGGGUGCGGACGCCAUCAUCACGCCGACCCACCAUACCGCAAACUGGAGCCACAUCGCGGUCAAGGCCUCGGCCGGUGCCGCUGAAGCCAUUCCGCUUUUCAAGGUCGGAGACCCAACCGACUUCCUAAAAAAGAGCGCGGGUGCAGGGUGGUGCAUCUACGCGAGCGACGCCAUUCCGCCUGCGCCCCCAAGUCUCUCUUCAGCCGAAGACGCACCCGAGCCUGGAUCCAACAAAGUAGUUUACACUAUUUCGCAGGGUAGGAAACGUCUUCCCACCGACCACAGCCCAGUUGCCGAGCACCCCACAAUCCUCAUGAUGGGUGCUGAGGGCACGGGAUUGAAGACCAGUCUGGUCAACCUGGCGAGAUACAAGGUCGGAAUCCCCCAUGGCCGCGAGGCCAACGAGGUCGGAGUCGACAGUUUGAAUGUCAGCGUUGCGGCGUCGAUACUCUGCUACGAGAUGCUGCAGAAGCCGAGGACACAGCCUGAGCGCAACCCCGAGAACGUUGUCUUCUAG